UAUUGAACUAAGAGUGGCUCGCUUGUCGCUCAUUCUGGAAAGAUGAUAUGACUGUCGUCACGACUUUGUAAUCCUCUUCUUUUAGUCUAAACCAUGUCAAACAAUACCUAAACAGAGUAGCGCGUGGACUGAAAUCCCUCGAAUGUCUUUUGCGGUCCAUUCAUUCGGGUGCAGAUCAAACUAGCUGAUGUUGUAGUUUGUUAUUAAUUGGUGAAAGUUUAUAUCCGCUCAAAUUAACCAUGAAAUCUUCAAGAUGGACCACAGUUUGGGCUGUUAUACUGGUUAUCUUUUUUUCCUUUUAUGAGGUAAGUUUAUCUUAAGUGCAAAGCCCUAAACUGGACACCAUGGCUCUUUGAAUUCAGUAUUUAUUUAAGUUUGUGUUGAUUUUGACGUAUAUUCACUGUAUAUUGUGCAUUCUGAUGGUUUCUGACAUCGAGGAUCUAAACGUCCUUUACACGCGAAGAAACUUAACACCAUUUGCAGAGACUUUUUUAAACAGUUAGGAGACACGUCUUCACUUUAUAUCGUUUUGGUUUGUUUCGAUACCUUCUAAGGAAGGCUAAAGUGUAGGAAAUAUUAAAAGUUUUGACAACUUUGACUGCCUUUCCAAAAGACUUCUAUAUUUUCACAAUUUAUUUAUAAAGCUUUCUAUGUGACUAUAACAAAUCUCUAUUUUCUAAGCACUUGAAAAAAAGUCGAAAGCACACUGAUUUUGACGAUUGUAAUUUCCUGUGUUAAUUGCGACUUCUCUAAUUGCAAUUAAAAUAACAUUAACUGAAGAGUUAAAAAAGUAUGCAUACACUAAAUGGACCACCCUUGGUUUUUAAUGCGUAUUUAUGUUAAAAAUUGAGUAAUUGUUCCUCGUUUCACUGAGUAAUUUGAUUUCAGUAAUUUUGUUUUUUCGUUUCUUCCAAAUUGUGAAAGACAGGGUAUUUAAGAUGUAUUUUCACUGAGUUGAUUUUUUUGAAUUAAGUCUUUGUAGUAUGAAACAAUAUUGCAAGGCAGCUCAGAUCAGGGCUAUGAGUUUCCAUAACACUAAUGCUUUGAGUUGAGUUUGCUAUUAAUAAGCCAAGAUUCAUUUAAAGUGAUGAAGCUUUAAUAAAGAAGUCAGAGAAUAUAUUGUUUAUCGUAUAUCAGAGAUUUGUAGAUGGUUGACUUGUCGUGGGGUUUCAUGUGUGCCUGCCUUUGAUAAGUUACAGUGAAGAUGCAUGUGGUUUUAAUAAUCCUUGAAAGUGAGCUGACCUCUGUUUAACCGCACAUCUCUUUAAAAAGUAUCUACAAACUUUUUUCACAUGCCAAAUUUGGUAACUUUUUUUAUUUAAAAUGAAUUCAGGCUUUAAGCCUACAAAGUCUAUUCCCAAAUACAUGUAUUAUUUAUCAAGGUUAUAGAUGAUAAGUCAAAAAUAUCUGAAACAGUUAUAAAUAUUUAUAUAUCAAUGACCCAAGGUCACGAUGUGUCAACACCACGAAGGCUUCAAUUUAAUUUGGAAACGUAUCUUACGUUACAGCCCGGGGGGGAGGGGGGGGGGGUACUGCCAUAUAUGGGCUAUAUGGGUAUGUGCCGCUGUGAAGGGUAUGGUUUUCAAGCAGUUUACUCUAGGAUAGGGUAUAUAAAUCAGAGCGUUUGGGUCUAGAAUACGGUAUCAUUUUUCACGAAACUGAUCAGUUGGUUGAAGAUUUUAUCUAGACUGGGGAAACAGCUACUCUAGGAUAGGGGGAUUUUGGGAGUUUACUCUAGUAUAGGGUAGCAAAAUUCAGCUGAACUAGCUCUGGUAUAGGUCAAGGGUUCCACGGUCCCAGCGGCACAUCCCCACCCAGAAAUUCCUAAAGAGCCCCCCCCGGGUGUUACAGAGAUUUGUUAAUGUUAUUAUUUCAGUUCCAACACCCAUUUGAUCUGAUCUGAUUGGCCUGCAUGCAUCUGGCUAUGCGGAAAAGGAAAAAACAGAUCAAAGUGUUAACUGAUGGAUUAAUUUUGCUUCUUAAUUCUGUCAAUAAUCAGGCAAAUGAGGGAUGAAUGUUUAUAAGAGACAGUGCAGCCCUGAUGAGUGAAAGCUAAGAUUGAGCCUUGAAUAGUUUUUUUUGUAAUCAAAGCAGUUGCUAUUAUACAAUUCUACCCAAAUUUGCCUAAUGGUAUGUAAUAUGGGCACUGGAUUCCUGGAAAUUUUUGAAUGUGGAAUCUGGACUCCAGGGAUUUGGAAUCUGAAAUUCAACACAAGAAAACUAGAAUCCCACUAACGAUUGGAAUCUGGAAUCCCAAUUCCGUUGACAGGAAAUCCAGAAUCCAGUUCCUAGAAUCUGGAAUCUAAGACUGUCCUGGAUUCGGGAGGGGGGGGGGGGGGUGCUCCCUUGUAAGGGCUUAAUGGGGACGUGUGGCCAGCCAGGGUAUGUUUUUCGUGAUUUUUGUCUUAAAAAGGGUAUCAAAUUUAUCAUUUUUUGUCUUAAACAGGGUAUCGAAUUUAUCAUUUUUUGUCUUAAACAGGGUAUCGAAUUUAUCAUUUUUUGUCUUAAGCAGGGUAUCGAUUUAUCAAUUUUUGUCUUAAACAGGAUAAAUGUUAAAUGUCUUAAACAGGGUAUCAAAAAUCGGAAUUCUGUCUUAAACAGGGUAGGAAAAUCAGCGAUAUUUGUCUUAAACAGGGUCAGGGUAUGAGGGGCCGUGCCGCACCUCCCCACCCAGCGAUAUAUCGAGUACCCCCCCGGGCCUGGAUUACCUUAUGUGGGGCGAUUUCUAUAGUAAUUCUGAUAGAAGUUUUUCUGGCAUAAAAUAAACCCGUUGUUUUUCUUUUGUCAAAUCUGAUCUGUCAUAUCAGAAUGCAGGAUUUAAUGCAAUAUUCUUCUUGUGUAAAAAACUUGAACUAUGUAGUUGAAUAUUAUAGGUGAGUAUGGGAUUAUCAUGUUACUUAGAAAGAUUGUAUUUGAAAAAAUAUGUGAGACUGCCAAAAGAAAAGUGCAAUGUUACUUGUAUUUCUGGUCACCUCUGUAUUUUCGACACCUGAACCUACCAAAACAUGUUCUAGAAUUUUUUUCAGUAUUUAUUACAUGAAGUACUGUAUGCUACUGCUGCCUAGUUUUGAGUGUACAGAUUAUGCAGUGUUACAUGAUGUGGUUACCGUUAUGCUGUUUACUUGUUGAGCAUGCAGCUAAAUUUUAUUUAAAAACAGAACUGCUGAAAGCAUUUUUUACACCAUUUCAGGAAAAACUGUGUGGUAAGACAAGUCAUGAUAUUUAAUGAGUGGAAUAAUACUGAAAGAAUUCACUAAUAUACAUUUUAUUGUGGAUUUCUAUUAUUCAAAUAUUUUUGAUUCUGUGCCAGACCAAAUAUUGUCGUACUCCUGAAAAUAAGGUGUGCUAAACAGACAAAUUAUCACCAGCAUUUUUUUCAAGUAUAAUUCUAAGUCCUGACUUCGGGCAUUUUUCCAAGCUGAAGUGCGUUUCCUCCAUUGGACUCUGCACAGAUCAAAAUAUACUCUAAUAUUUUGAUUAUAAAACUAAGUAUUUAACCAUUUACCAUUUUACUCUAAUUAUCAAACUGUAUAGAAUUAAAUUACUCUUUAAUAAGAUAAGAUUGAUAAUCUAGUUUGUGCAAAGGGGGGAAACCUAUUUGUUAUAAAAAAAGCUUAAAGCCAGCUUUAAUUUCUGAUAAAAUUUAAAUGUUUUGGUUGACUUCUCAGUAGUAAUACUUCUUAGUAUAAGUAAUAUAAUAUUGAAUAAAUGUUUUAUUUAUUUAUUAUUUAAAGCCUGUGAAUCCUAAAGGAACCUUGUCAAUUCAGUUGUUGGACUUCAAUAAUCCUAGUGGUAAAGAUUACAGUGGAUCUUGUUGUGAUUGCUGUGGAGCAUUUGGUUGGUGCCCCAAUGAUUGUGAAAACUUCUUCCGAAUCUAUGUGGCAUCAUAUCCGUUAUCAGUAUUUAGCUUCUUUCAUGCAUGGAAACGAUGGGAGACCUACGUCUUGGGAGAUGAUAGUUUCACUUUUCCAGGGUAUGGUCAUAUCAUUGGUAAAGAUGGUCUUAGAAAUCCUCUGACUUAUCAUUUUGAUGGGCCUUGGCCGGUAAGAUAUUAUUCUCUUUCUGUUUUUUUUUAACUACCUGACAUUUUAUGGUAUAAGGAUUGAAGUCUGACUUCAGCUAUGUAUAUUUAUUACAUCUGUUGUUAUCCGCAUUUAUGACAUCAUCAAGCGACAAACUUGCUCCAUUGUUUUGACUGUUUCCCCAAGGGGGGGGUACUCAUGGGAAUUCUUGGUGGGGGUUUGCUGCCUGGUUCUCCAAAUCCUGACCUGAUUUCAGACCAAAAAAUGUAAUUUUCCACACGCGUUUUCUGACCAGACCUCUAAAAUCCAGACCCAUUUUCAGACCUGGCCUUUAGGCAGAAAUUAUGUUAUCAUUACUUAGAUUAGAGCGCAAACUAAAAAAUUCUUCAAAUCCAUUUCGAAUUUGCAAUAUUUUUCUUUCUUUCUUACUCAUUUGGAAUUGAAACAAUAAAGAUGUUCAUACAAUCCUGUAGUUCCCUCAAAAAGCCAUUCCCGAUUCCAGAGCAAAAUGGGCAAAGUGUCUUCCCGUUUUCAGACCAAAAUGGUACAAAAACCCUUCCCGAUUGGGGGGGGGCACAUACCUAUAGCUUAUAUAAGGGGGUACUUGUGAACUUGUCUUUUUUUUCAAUAUGAUGACUGACGUAAUGCUGAAUAUGCAUAACAAUAUCAGGGUUGUCAUUAAGAGCUGGGGGUCGGGGAUUUCCCCCGGCUACUAUGAGUGCAACUUGAAAUCUCAGUGACAACCCUGAAUAUGCAUUAAAGAACCACAUACUGUAUGAAACAUUAACAAACAACUAAAAAAAGAAUACAUUAAUAGGAAAAAGUAGGGGUCCUCAUGACAGCUAAUUUUUGGCUCGUCACCCAAGUAAUUCGUAACCCCACAUUCCGAGGCUUAACUUGAGUGUCACUUUGAAUUUCACCAGGGUUUGCAAAAUUCAUAUUUCUAGUUAGGCAUUUUUAUUCUUGCUGAAUGAAGUAUAUGUGAAAAUUAGUGAGAAUAAUAAUUAUCAAUAUUAUUACUAUUAAGGUCACUUUCCAUAGUAAUUGACUAAAAUACAAGUAGACCUUUCAUUAUUGUACGAGAGUUUUACCAACCCUACCCCUCACAGUUUUGUGACGUUGAGCAGCACUACCAAAUUAGGGCUAGGGCUACCAAAUAAGGUAAUGAGCACGUGCGUGCUGAGUAAGCUAGAACUGGACGAGUCGUAAAAAUAUUGUGAGCGCGGGUUUUCCUUUGAGGUUUUUUCAUCGAGUUUCGUGAGAGUUUGUGAGUCGGAUUGAAGUGGAAUAAACCAGGAAACCAUGUUAUUGUGAGUUCUAUGGGCUGUGUUAUUGUUCAGCUCAUUAUGAUUACCAUAUAUUGCUGGCCUUGAAUUGCUUGGUACAAAGUUUUAUUCAUGAAUGUGCAGCCUGUGAAAAAAUGUUAUUACAAUUCAUUAGAUACAGAACAUAGAACUUUUAGAUGUACACAUAUGUCAAUGAAACUAAAUUAUUUUGUUUUUUGUUUUGUUUUGUUUUUUUUUCACACAGGGAGCAUUUGGCCUUCAUUUAUCUGUGUACGAUGAUGACGGUGGAAAUUUAUUUGGUAUUGGAAGUUCUGAUGAUCAUGUUGACUCCAUUGGAUAUGGUGUUACCAAUGUACCAGCACAAAAGGACCUUCAGAGUGCUGUUGCCAAGAGUGUAUCGGUAAGAAAACUGCACAGUAUAUUAUUUUCCAUCUCUUACUUUAGGGUGAACUGUGGGAUACAGGGUAUUUGGGUUGGAAUUAUUCUUUACUGUACAUUGUGAAAAAAAUUUAUACAUGUCCUUCCUUUAUAGGCUUGGGUUAAAAUUGUAUUGAAAUCACUUAUGGAAGUGACUAAAGAAAUGACUAAAAAAAAAAAAUAAUAAUAUUAUUAGCAGGGUGCAAAGAAAGUCAUUUUUACAGCUUGAUAUUCGGGCAAGCUGAACAUUUACUGGCCCAAACAUCAUUUCAACUAGCCCCAAAAAUGUUUUGAUGAGCAGAUUGACUUCACAGUUCUUCUGUAAUUUGAAUUCCUCAAAAAACUUCACUUGCCCAUUGGGCAAGUUAAUAACAGGAUUCACUAGCCCGAUAGCAAAAUCCAGCAGCCCCGGAGUAUCAGACACUACUCUCUUUGCAUGCUGAUUAGGCAUACAAAACUGUAAUGAAAUUGCUUGAAUUAUACAAUAUAUUAUGUUAUAAUUUAUAUUGAAUUAUACAAUUAUACUUGAAUUAUAUACAAACUGCAGUUGCCACAUUUAAACUACAAUUUGUUAUAAUGGAAUGGUGCAUUCUUGGGUAUCCUGGCUUAGCAUGUGCAGUGGAUUUUUCAAUCGUCAUUUACUUUCAUUUUUGCAUUUUUUAAACUCCAAUAAUUAUAAUAUGUGAUGCAUAAUUGGAUGGAAUGGGAUUUUCUAGAAGCCUCUAAGUUAAAACCAUAUAAAGGCUUAAUUAAUUACGGCUCCGUUUUUGUUUGGUUCAGUUGACUGGCAGGCGAUCCACCACAAGAAUUGUGGUUCGUGUUUACUGUGAUGCCAAUUACUAUGGUGCAGAUUGUAAUACACUCUGUAUUGGACGGGACGAUAGCAGUGGUCACUACUAUUGUGAUAAAACUACAGGAAACAAAGUCUGCUUAGAUGGCUGGAGGGGACAAAACUGCCUCACCCGUAAGUAUUAAAAAAGACGUUUAAAAAAAGUUGGUAGUGAUCACUUCUUUAAUUCUCUUCCCGACUUUUGACCUAACACUGGUUGACCAAGAAGUGAAUGUAUAGACUUCAAAAGGAAAUAAUUUUAUGAAAAUACUGAUAUUCUAAUUCAGUAUUUUUGGAGCUAGUACUGGGAUAAUAGAGCCUCUCUUUAACUCUGAACUCUUCAUAGCGCACAGAACGUGGACUCUACAAAAUUAUUUACUUUUUCUCUUUCUGAAAUUAGAUACAGUCUUAGAAUUAAACUCCAGAGAAAAUCGGUGGCAUUUGACUAAUAGAAUUUGACUAAUUGAAUUUGAAUUUUUGAAACAGUGUAUAUUGACUUUUUCAUUGACAUUUUCACUGUGGUUGCCAUUGUGGUUAACUAACGCUCCCUAAUGAAAUAAUGAAAGGGGACAGUCUUAAAGGACAUUGUCAAAAGAAAGUACGAACUACAGAACUGAAAUUUCCAGAGGGGAGUUGCAUUCAAUCGAACGAAAAUCCCUCUGUUAGGUGGGGUGGCGGGAUUGAUGAUUUUUGUAACAGCACAGUUGCAGAAUUAAUUUAGUAGUUCAAUAUACACUGACUAAGAAAAUGAAUAGACAAUUCAAUAUUGGAGUGCUUUUUGGCACUUUCAGUUUGAAUGGUCUUACCAUAAGAUUUCACAAAUGCGUGUAUAACAAGAACACUCUUAGUAGUGUUGAAUCUCGCUUGCUUGGAGCCCAUGGGGCCUUGGAGAUAAGUUUUGUUGUCAAAGGCGCUGGUGUUGUUAUGCUACUUUUUCGUUUUGAAUACAAGAAGAGUGUUAUAUGUCGUAAUGUAAAUACUCAAAACGUAAAAAUUGCAAGGAGAGGCAGGCCGCACAUCUUAAAUUCACACCGGCGAAAAAUGUGAUCAGCUUACAUGCGUCAUUUCAGUCAUCGCUGAAAAUAAACCUGCUCAUCAUGAGACUUAUUUGCAUACAACGAAAGUUGUCACGAUUCUUUCCCCAGUUUCCACGGUCUCCGCUAGCAACGCCUGUGACCAUGGCCAACCAUUUGGGGAAGACUGUUGAAAAAAAGGAAAAAUGCCUCAGGCAUUUUAAAUUUAGAGUCUUGCUCUGCUAAAGCAAGCUCGACCAAAAACUUAAUAGAACUCUGUCAUUGACUCAGUAGGACUGGGAGACUCAAGUAUUGUCAAUUGAAAGAAAUUUUUUGUUGUUGUUGUGACUUGACAGUCAUAUUCAAUCUUUUAUUUUAGAAUUCUUCCGUUAGACAUCUUGUUAAGCUCUUGUUGAAGGCGAUGUGUUUGGAUCAUGUUUCUUAUAGGGGGUGUCGAGCCAUAUCUCAAAUAACUCAUCAGUCAACAUAUCAGUCACUAUAUCGGUAGAGCAUCGGAUGAGAGUCACUCAAAAGUCGGUUGAUGCAUCAGCCGAGUGGCCUUUUACAGAUGGUUGAGUAUCGGGCAACAGAUCGACUGAUAGCUGGUUGCUAUAGCAUCGGUAGUUUGUCGGCAAUUUAUCAGUGAGCUCUGGGUCGAGUAUUAGUAAGGAAUCGGUGGUCUACCUGUUAACAAUUGCAUCGGCUUCCCAUUCUAAUGUCCCCAAGGCUUUUCCCUUAAUUGUUUGAAGGUACCUGUCAACCGUCAUGUGGUGGACACUUAAUUAUUUACCUAUCAGCUGCAGCUAAUACCAGAUUGAUCAGCCACUAAAUCGUGGGCUACGGUAUUUUCAUGUAUUGGUAAAUAUCUCUGUUGUCUGUUGGUUGACAUAUCGGUCACAAUAUUGGUAGAACGUCAGUCAAGAGUCCGAGCGACAGUCAAUCGAGGUAUGGGCCAUUAUGUCAACUAAGUUUUGGUGAUAUUUCGGUGAUCUGUUGGUGAUCUGUCAGCAAAGUAAUGACCCACUAUUGAGCGACUGUCAACCAAUAGACUAUAGUGGCCAACUCUUGGUCGAGACUCAUCCGAGACUCAAGUGAGACUUGAGUGAGACUCAUUUAAGACUCAACUGAUACUCAGACCGAUGUGUCAACCAAGAUGACAGCUGAUAUAUUGGUUGACACCCCCUGUAAAGCACAUGAUCUGAGCUUUCAAUAAAAGCACAAAUAAUAAUAAUUAUUAUUAUAUUGAGGAUACCUCCUCUAUCUCCUCCUGGCAUGCAUGCUGUUAAUGUCUAUGAUUGUGAGGGAGAUCUUAUCUUUUAAUUUGUCUUCAAUUUGUUUUAGCAAUCUGCAAGGGAGGUUGUGAUCCAAAUCAUGGUUCAUGCACAGUUCCAUACACAUGUGUGUAAGUUCAGUUGUGGUUCAAGCCAAGCUUUUACAGCUGUAACUUGUUAACUUUUGAAAACUUUUGAUAUGAGACCAAUAUAUUAAGUUUGAUUUUUAACAGCAUUUUUUGGAAGAACAUUUGAAGUUGGUUAUUUCAAUCUGGCGCAGAGUUCAUUUAUAUUGGUUUAAAUAUUCCAUUCUGCAGUUGAAGAAUUAAAAAUUCAAAAUAAAUAAUGUUUGGAUUGAAUUAGUAAGACAUCAAUCAUAAAAUCUCUAGGAGUGAAUGAAUUAUCUGACAAUUAUUGUUUGGUGGGGUUAAUUAUUUAAUCCAACUGAAUCUUUAAAGCAAAGGUGAAAGAGCAGAAUUAAGCUGUUCCUAGUGUUUAUAAAAAUGACGGAAGAAUGAAGAAUGUCGCCAUCAGGGUUGUCAAAAGUAGCCAGCUGCCGGUAAAAAUCGCCACCUAUUUGGUUAGUAUCAACCAGCUACUCUGCUUGGCAUUUCUUUACGGAUGGCGUUUUUAAAUAAAAUACCCCUGGGUUGGCGGCUCACUUUGACAACAUAACCAUCUACUUCAAAACUUUCUGACAAUCCUGGGCCAUUACGCGGCCGAGCGGUUAGGGUGCUGGACUUGCAAUUCGAAGGCCCCGUGUUCAAGUCCCGCCGUGGCUGCUAGCUGGAGUUGUUCUCGGUAUAGUCCUGGUUUCAAAUCCUCGACCACGCUGGUAAAUAGCCGACUGGUUUGCCACUGGCCAGUUGAAAUUCUUAACCCUAGCCUAUUAUGUUUGAUUUAAAUAAUUUUGUUUCAGGAAUUUGCUCGGCCCCACUGUGGAGUGUAAAUAACAGAAUUUUUUUUUUCUCUUCUCCAGCUUUCCCUCUCCUCACCCUUUCCUGUUUCCUCUCGAUUUUGAGAUUUGUUAGACCUAGAAAAACUUUUGUUUUGGGCUUUUUCCAGUCAUGUAGCUGUGAUUUUCAUCAGGCCCCUUUCUGAAAAAAAAUCCAAAAACUUGUAAGAAAUUAUAUUAUUUUAAUAUUACUUCAGGUGUGACAGUGGUUGGGCUGGGUCUGAUUGUGAUCUUUGUGUAGAGAAACAAGGAUGCUCAGGUAUGAUGUUUAACAAGUUAUAAUUAUUAUAAUCAUUUUUUUUUUAUGAGGCUGUGUAUGAUGUGAUGAAUCAUGCUGAUUGACGAGAAUGAGAGGCUGGAAAACAGCCUUCAAGAUCUGCAUACUCAUUUUUAUUCUUUUCUAACACAUGAAAGCCCAAUUCAACAAUUGCUUUAUUAUUUAAAAUUCAAAAUAAUGAUAUGUUGAGUUAACAAGCUCAUGCACCCUCUUGUAUACUUUCUUCAAAACAUUGGCUCAUUUCUUUGCAAGGUUUCUUGCUGAUUCCCCCAAAAGUAUAUAUAUAAGUAAACGUCAAUUGUUGAGCAUUACAGUAUGUUUUGCAUAUUAUUGCAUUCUUCCAUUCAGUCUUGGUCAGAAAUUCAGCUAUUUUGUCUUCAGCCAUGAAUGCUAUUUUUUUUAGUUGGAAACGAGAUUGAUCAUGACACGAGGUUAUUUGGCAAAUUUACAUGUACCGUCAAAUUGAUGGUAUCUUGGCAUCUUCCAACUAAUGCACCAGCUGUUUAUUAUUAGGCUUGGCUACAAAUCUGCGUACUGAAGUCCACGAGUCGAGUAACCUUUUGAAAGUUGUUAUGUUUUAAUGCAUGCCAUCUGCUGGUCUUCUAAUCAUCAUACUUGCAAUAUUUUUCUGGUAGCUCAAGGCUAUUGUGUACAAGGGAAUGAUUGUAAUUGUCUUCCUGAAUGGACUGGUCCUGACUGUGAUCAAGGUAGUACAAUCUUUUGCAGCUCUGUAUACUUUUUAGUAUACAGAGCUUCUUGUUUUAUCCUUUUGUCAUUCCUUUUAAACAACAAAAUAUAUAUUUUUAGACACCUACAGUGUAUAUUAAUCAUUUGAUGGAUACUAGUUUCUACAGCUAUAUGUACCCCUGACAUCUUUGACCUUAGAAAAUUAAUUUACCUGUAUAAGCACCUCUCUAAAAUAUAAACUCAAGGUGAGGGCAUCCCUAGCCUAGAACUCUAUCUACACUCAUCCUUGGAGAUGCGCGGCACUUUCCACUAAUUGGCAUGGAAUAUUCAUCAGCCAAACCAUUGUAAGCAGUUAGUAUCUAUUUUUUAAUGUGCAAAGUGUUUGCUUUUAAAGUAUUCAAAAUACAACCUCAUAUAAUACACUUUUUCAAAUUUUUCAAGAAAACUUCACCAGUACCUUGCAAGCAGAGGUUUGAAUUUCCUUAGCUUCCAGCAUGGCUUUUAGCAUUUAUGAAGUCAUUCGCAUCGCUCAAACCAACUAUAUGCAGACCACUGGUGACUGACAGUGACGCAAACAACUUCAUAGAUGCUAAAAGCCAUUUCAAAAGGAAACCUCUGCUCACAGGGUAUGUUGCCCCUUAGUAAUUAUCUGUGACCUAGAGAAUUGAUUGCCGUGGAACCUCGAUAUAAUGAAGAGCCAAAAUAUGUUCUCUAUAACAAGGUUAUUGUUACUUGGGCAAAGAAUGUACAUGCAGUUUGUUAUACUGAAGACUAUGUUUAUAGAAGUUUGUUUUAUUGAGUUUCCACCAUAUCCACCUUUUUUCACCCUGUCCUGUUUUUUUGCUUAUCUUUAGACUUAAAUAAAUGUCGCAGCCCAGGACUGUGCCAAAAUGGAGGUACUUGUAUUAACACUGGUCCUGAUCAGCACCGCUGUGACUGUCCCCCUGGAUACAUGGGUGAUGACUGUGGAACAGGUGAGCUUUUCCUCUAAGGUGUUGUCCUUAUACCCAUCAUGUUUUUGAAAGGAGUAUUUGAAAGUUCAUUAUUGUGUGAUAAUUUAGAGCCAAGCAAUCAUUUUAUAGAAGUAUUGAUUUUGUCUUUGCAUGUACUAUAAUUAUAUUGACAAUUUUUGUGAUUUACAAGUAAUUUGUUUGCUAGCGUUAAGUUCCAUUCACCAUUCACCAUUCACCGAGUCCAUGAUGCACCUUGUUUGCCCCCCCCCAUACAUACAUAACCAUUGUCUUCAAUUUCUCUUGGGACGACUGUAAUACCCAGGAGAAAUUGGAAACAAUGGUUAAUUUACUGCAAGGUGUUAAAUUAAAAAUAUCAAUUUAUUUGUGCUUUUAGAUAUCAACCUUUGUGACUCUGGACCCUGUCAGAACAAUGCCUCUUGUGAAAACUUUAGGACAUUUUACACCUGUAACUGUGCUGCUGGAUUUGAAGGGGUCAAUUGUCAAACAGGUAAAACCUUGUGUCAGUACGACUUCACUGAGCAAGCUGGGAAAACAGCCGAUAUUUCGUGAAGCAAACACUGGUUUCCCGGUGACAUGAGGUCUGAGUGAAACAAUUAAGCGAAGGAAUUCCAUACUGAUGAUGUGUCACCACCCAUAUCUGGGAAGUGCUUCUGAUUGGUUGAAAAUUUGCUUAAUCCAAUCAGAAGCAAUAUCCAGAUCUGAUCAGUACGGAAUUUCUACGCUCAUUUCUCAGAAAUCAUUUCGUGGGGAAAUUAGAGGUGGCGUCAUGAAAUAUGGGCUGUUUUCUGGGGCUAGUAUGAUGUUUUCAGCCUUAAAAGUGUCGAAAAAUUGUUGGGAAAUUAAGCCUUUUUGUGAGCUUAAAAGCAGAAAUUAUGAAGGAAGUGUUAAUCUGGUGUAUAAUUACUCUUUCUUUACAGAUAUAGAUGAGUGUAAACAGGAUCCAUGUCAGAAUGGGGCAUCAUGCAAGGUAAAUAUUAUGAACUGACAUCACAAUAUAUAUUUUCCACGUCAAGUACAUGGGUAUGGCAGAAAAUAAAGCCCCAUCAGGGCUUCAAAAAAAAUUUUCUUGCUGGGCAAGCAAUACUUUCAGCUCACGUGCCGAUGAGCAUUUAGUCCGGGCAAGUUAGUCUCCAACUAAAUCAUUAACUAAAAUAAGCAAGUAGCAAAACAAAAAAGUGAGAGCGGCGUACACAAAGGACGUGCUGGAAUGUAAGCUGAAGUAAAGGAGACAUAUUCUGGUCACAGUGAACUGUAUGUGUAUUUUCCCCCAAAAAGUCAAAUACAUUUUGGUAAUAACCUUAAAAAACACCCUGUUUUGAGCAGGGCUCACUCUCCUCUUCGUUGUACUAGUUGUAUAUAUGUAUAAUUUAGGGUCUUUGUGCCAAACGUAUUUUACUUACACCUUUAUGGUUUCUGAGGAAAAAAGCUAUUAAUAACAUUCAGCGAACUUUUGAAUUUAGAGGCUAAAAAUUCACCGACUUUUUCGUGGUACAUUUACACCAAACACUUCAACUAAGUACUAGUACUAAACAAACAUACAUUUCCCUUCCUUUUGUUGCAGCACUGGCUUGAGAAAACAGCUGAUAUUUUGUGAUGCCAGCACUUGUUUCCCUGCGAAAUUACGUCUUAUGAACAACCGAACGACUGCAAAAAUUCCAGACUGACGACAUUCACUACCCAGAUCUGGGUAAUUCUUCUGAUUGGUUGAAGCAAGUUCCCCCUGUGCAACGACCAAUCAGAAGCACUACCCUGAUCUGGGCCGUGAUACGUCACGGGCCUGUUUCUCACACGUCAUUUCGCGAAGAAACCCGACCAGUGGUGGAAUUUCGAAAUGUCGGCUGUUUUCUUAGACUACCUUCAUUGUGUUCUUUUUUUUCUGUUGUAGGAUCUGAUCAAUGACUACCAGUGUGUCUGUGUAGCAGGAUUUACCGGUCGUAACUGUGAGGUGGACAUUGAUGACUGCCAAUCAAGUCCGUGCGAGAACAAUGGAACGUGUAUAGACCAAGUCAAUGGAUACAGAUGCAGCUGUCGUCAGGGAUUUUCUGGUGCUAACUGUUCUGUUAACAUUGACGACUGCACAUCGAGCUCUUGUAGCAAUGGAGGUGAGACUUGGAAAGUCAAAAAAACACCACAACAUGUAGUUUUAUUGAGAUGAUAUACCCUACUUACAUGUAUGAGUUUUGUUCUAUAAAUUCACGCGUAAUAUAAGUUGAUACAACAAUACAGAAGUUGUCCAUAACUGUCAUUUCAGGCUCGGAGCUAAAAAGAUUUUUUGUGGCUGUUAGACAGGAAAUUUGAACCCUCCAAUGGCUAUUUUGCCAACGUACCGGCUAGUUUUCUUAUUUCCUCGACAUAACUCAUUUGCCCUGGACAUUUUGCCGAAAAAUGCCGUUUCAAGCUACAAUCGGUGACAAAGUUAGUGGAGACAGUUUAUCUAAAGGGCCUUUCUGAGAUCUGACGUUUUGCUGACUUCAAAAAGUGGAGAACCAAGUUGCCCUCUCCAUCCCCUCCAUGUGAUGUUGUGCUGCUUUUCGAGCCAACUUUAGGAAACAACAAAUACUCCAACUUUAAUUGAGGGUUGUUUUUGGAAGUUACCCCAUUUGAGGACAGUGUUUUAAAAAUUUUGUCGUCGAUUGUAGUUGAGCCGUUUUCUUGCCCCAGUUGUUCAAAAGGCGGAUAACGCUAUCCACGGAAUAAAUCAGGGGCACCCAACGUCAAUUUUCGGAAAAAAUCUGUUCGGAAGACGAUUUGCGAUCUAGAAUUUUCGGAACAUUUGUUGUAAAAUUUCUUGCUUGCCUGCCUCUCCUAGGAUUUUCGAACAUCUAAAAAAUGGUAUAAUUGCCCAUUUUAAACCGAUUUUUACCCUAAAAAGGUCAUCUAGAAUUUUCGGGAGCCUUUUUUCUGGCUGAAAUUUUCGAAAAGGUAAGUUUUGAUCCCUAUAGUUUUCAGAUAACUAGACUUUCAGCUAGGAAAUCCGAACAGAUGAAGACAUCGGAGUUUUUAGGGGAUAAAAAUAUGCCUAUAUCUACCGUUUAAGUACUGAAAUACGUUUAACAGUGCUAUGUUUAAGUGGUUGAUCUAUAUUCUUGUUGGGUGCCCCUGAUAAAUCCCUAUCUAUUCAAUUCGUUUCCCUAAUCCUUAUCCGCUAAAUAGUGAUUUUUUCGGUGAAUAGCGCCAGCUAAUGUUUGAACAAUGUGGGCCAGGUCACUUUCUGGCCGAAAGGAACCAAAACGGCCCAGGCCGUCAAUGAGCACUGCGUUGCCUUGUCAUACAUGGAUGUCAUUUGCUUUCAUUUUAGGUACCUGUCAUGAUGAGGUGAACAACUUCCGCUGUGAUUGUCCCGCUGGGUUUCUUGGGAAGACGUGCACUAAUGCUACAAAUGAGUGUUCAACUACUCCAUGUAAGAAUGGAGGAACUUGCCGUGAUUUACAUCUGGAUUACAAUGUAAGUUGGACCUAUAGAGGCGGUGCUCACAAAGCUUAUAUCCAUUGGUUUGAUUACCUUUGUGGCAUAUUUGGCUUCAUAUUUGGUGUUUAGACCCCCUUACCCCCUUACCCGCCUCCCCCCUCCCCCCCCCCCUCAUAAGUGCUUGCUGUUAACAGGUUUUUUGUAGUGUCCUUCACCCAAAGAGUGGAAUUUGGGUGUGUCUUGUGUUAUGCAGUUUAUCUCUCUUGAAGGGAACCUCAGCUGCCAUUUUCCUUGGCCCCUUUUCUUCGUCAGUUUAUUUAGUUCGUAAGAGAGUGUUUUUGUGUAAGAGGUGUCUGUAAGGCCGAGGUUCAACUGUUAUGGCAAUGAUGUGUGUUUUACCAAGUUGGCUCACGUGCUUUCUGUCUUGAAUGUUUUUGUUAUCUUUCCUAGUGUUCAUGCCCUGACGGUUUUACUGGCAAGGACUGUGAAACUAACAUUAAUGACUGUACAUCACCGUCACUUUGUAACAAUGGAGUUUGUGAAGAUGGCAUUAACAACUUUAGUUGCGUCUGUCAUAGAGGAUUCACGGGAAGGCUUUGUGAUUCAAACAUUGAUGAUUGCCAAGGUAAUUACCUCACUAUUGGAGUAUCAUUCAGCGUGCAAAGAAAGUAGUGUCCGAUAGCCCGGAGGUAGUGGAUUUUGCUAUCGGGCUAGUGAAUUCUGUUUUUAACUUGCCCGAUAGGCAAGUGAUGUUUUUUGAGGAGUUCGAAUAACAGAAGAACUGAGAAAUCAUUCUGCUAGUCAAAACGUUUUUGGGGCUAGUUGAAAUGACGUCUGGACUAGUAAAUGCUGGCUUCAUCUUGCCUGAAUGGCAAGCUGUAAAAAUGAUUUUCUUUGCACCCUGAUCAUUAAUGCAUAUUGGUAACUUUUAAGGCAGUAUUUUCCUCCCUCUGGUUUGCAUGACUCAAAAAUAAGGGAAAACAUCACACAAUAAAUUGAUUGUUGAUUGGUUCUCUUGCACAGGGAUGGGAACACUCGCCUCCCAUCAGUGUGGGAUGGAGGGGGUACAAAUCCUCGGGGGUGGGGAAAGUACACCAUAUAUGGGUUGUGAUUGUUGAUUAGUUCUCCCCCUUUCUGCAAGGAGUUUUUCCCCGGGUAAUCCGGGUUUAAAUGCCCUCUCCUAAGACCCAGCAUUUGAAAGCUUCCGUUUAAUCAUGAAUGGUAGGUGAUGAACCACUGUGUCGUUUUUCUUGUAAGGCUGCCACCCUCGUUUCUCGCGUCUCUUGUCGCUCUCUCGCGCGUGUACUCCCCUCGCUAGAUCUGAAGAAAGAGAUGGACUGCUCGCAGUCUGAUGUGCUACCUCCUAAUCAAUAUUUUCUAUUGUUUUUUAAUUAUAUUUUUGUUUAGGUCAUCAGUGUCAAAAUGGAGCGACGUGCGAUGAUGGCAUUGCUCAGUAUACAUGCAAAUGUAGCGCUGGUUUUGAGGGGCCGUUAUGUCGUAAUAACACUGACGAUUGUGUAUCAGCUGUGUGUCUUAACAAUGCCACUUGUGUAGAUCAGAUAGCUAAUUACACAUGCAACUGUAGUUUAGGUUUUACAGGUGAGCAGAAUAUUACUUUACCGACGUACAUUCCCUACAGAAAUAUUACUUCACAUGAGAUACAUGUACUUUGGCUAAACAUUAUUAUAGGAAGGAUUAUGAGUUUGGACACUGCUAACUUAAUUGCAAAGUGAAUUUUUCUUCGGUAGUCAAAUCUUAUUUAAUUUCAUCUGUGGCAAAGAAACAUUCAAACACAGAAUGAGAAGGGCUAUAGUUAUCUCAGUUAUUUGCAUUUCACUGUGGUUGCCGUACCUUUUCAGUGCAUCACGAAUAAAGCUUGGUUCCUGCGUUUGUCGAGGUUUCAGUCGAUCGCUUAUUUGAUAACUUUGAGGCUGCUGAAAAAAAAAAUUUGUUUUGGAAAAAGCCUGGGAAAAAUUGUGAAUUUUGCAUCAGUUAGUUUAAACAUCAGGACACGAGAGAAACAAAACUAACUGGUUUUCCGAGGGAUCUAACAUAAAUAUUUUGUUAUAUAAGACUUUCACUUCAAUAGCGACGAAGAAUAAUUACCGGAGCCGAGCGGUAGUCCACAUCACCGGUCCACCGAUCUUUUUUGCUGUUUUACCCCGUUUUUUGGCUUUUUGACUCACUGCAAUGCCUGGUCCCAGGCUAGGUUACGUGUGAACAGAACGACUAAACGCACGAAUUUUUAACCGGUCGAAAAUCCGUAAGUAGCCUUUAUAGUUGAGUGAAAGUCUAGGAACAUAACAAAGCCUGAUGUAAAUGAACCGUGUCCAUCUUGAUCAUUAGGUCGUCACUGCGACCUGCCCAUAGACUACUGUGCUCAACAAGGCUGUAACAACAGUGGUACGUGUGUGAAUGAGCGCGGCUAUCGUCGCUGUCUCUGCCCACCUGGGUUCAAUGGCUCUAGUUGUGAGAUCACUCCGUGUAUGAUGGAGCCCUGUAAUAACGGCACCUGUCGCAUGUUAUCUGAUCUAAGAUAUAAGUGUGAUUGUCCUCCCGGAUUCACUGGAAUGCACUGUGAGACUGGUAAGGACAUCAUUUGAUUGAAAAAAUCCCAAUUAAACCAGGGUUUAACAACUUAACAUCAACCUGUGUGUAUACCACUUGACUCUCUCUUUUACGACUCAAAAAAAGGGAGUGAGUAUAAGUCGUUUUAUUUCAUAUGACGUCAUGGCGGCAAUAUUGGUGUUCGAGAUCGGAGCGGCACAGCUUUGCUCCGUUAAAGAAAUCGCGCCCAAAUCACCGUUCUUGCGUGUGAACAGAAACCCUAUCUAGUAUAACCUGCGUGGCAGGCGUUCGAUAGGGAAAGGGAAGGGAAUUAGGGCGCAAGACCGCGCGCGAGGGAGGAGGGAGGAGGGGUUCCUCACCUUUCUCCCUCGCGCGCCCCACACGCUCUCGCGCGCCCAAAUUCUCCUUCCCCUUCCCCUCUUAACGCCUACCACGCAGGCUAUAUCUUGAUCCGGUAUAGCGUAAACAUAACCUUAGUUGUUUAUACCGUUGUUUUUUUCCAUCUUUUUUUUUACAACCCCUUUAGUUGGAAAAUCUAUGCGGUGGUCUUUCUGCUAUUUGAACUUCGUUUUAUAGAAGACUAAACUAGUCAACUCCUUCUGAAUGCUUUCGUUUCAUGAUUUUGUUUCAGAUAUAGACUACUGCAAUCCCAGGACUGUCAUCUUUGCCUUAGAAGGCCUGAUUUUGUUUGGUUGUGGUCCACACGGAACCUGUGUUGAUGGGCUUCUAGAAUACACUUGUAACUGCGACAGAGGAUGGACUGGGAAGAGGUGCGAGACUGGUAAGUCAACAAAGUGAAAAGUUAACCCUUUAUGCCUUAAUAGUGUCCAAAAUCAAUUUUCUCCUAACAUUAUCCAUAGAUUGUCAAGAGCAAAGUCUAUGAGAAUUAAUAAAAUGAUCUCCCAGAGAAAAAUCUUUGAUCUUUUAUCAAAUUCUCUCAACUAAUUCUUUAAGGAAAUGUAUGGAGAUCAGUUUGGAGAAUUUGUUUGUGGAUAUUGAGGCUUAAUGGGUUAACCAACAGAAGUUCACAUAAACAGCCGACAUUUCGCGACACCACCACUGACUUCCCCUCGAAAUAAUACACACCUUUAGAUUCUAAGAAACUGCGUCAUUUUGGCGGUAAAACGUGGUAGCCGUAGUCGUUCUACUAAGAGUCUUAGCGAGGAUAUCGAAGUGGCGGAAACAAGUUAUCAAAUGUUAGAUUCUUUAUCAUUUUGCGAUGGGGAGGGGCGUAACCUCCUUCACUUAAGAUAACAGUGCUAACUUUUUUUAGUGAAAAAUGGUAAAAUGAAGCUUUCCGCCGAGAAUACGCGAAAAGACUUCAAGUCAAAUCUCGUACUCGUAGUCUUCCUCGUCCUCGAAUCUAAAGGUCUCUAAUUUCUGAGGAACGAGCCCAGAAAUUCGGUAUUAAUGACAUCAUGGGUAGUGCUUUUGAUUAGUUGAAGCAAAUGCCCCUUGAGGGAUGACCAAUCAGAAGCAACUCCCAUAUCUGCGGUAUGUCACCAUUGUCUAACCAUAAUUGGACUGCAAAACGGGCAUAGCUGGGUACGAGUCCGUUUAUUAUGGGAUAAACAACACAAGACCCACAAAAUAAAAAGAGGAAACCAAGAUUUGGAAAAUCCUCAAGUUUGGUUUUUAUCGAGCCUAUUAAUAUUGAACGAGAUACAGCCAUUCAAAAAUUCCAAAAGUUAUUAAGAAAUCUGUGGACAAUGGGCUUCUGCAGUAGCCUGAAUUUCAUCCGAUUACUUCGAGUCGUUAUUACUCCCUCAGUAGUUGCAGUUACUGAGGGAGUAAUAACGACUCGAAGUAAUCGGAUGUAAUUCAGGCUACUUCUGCAGACACACCGUCCGGACUUGAAAUUUUCCUAAUCUCAGUGUGCUCUUUCUGACCAUGUAGGUCUCGCGUUGUUUAUCCCAUAAUAAACCAACUUAUACCCAGCCCUCUUCAAUUUCAAAUUAGGCAAUAGACCAAUUCCAAUAUAUUAAAAUUCAUACUUAGCUGCGAGGCUUGGGGGAAUAAAACAAAAGAAAUCAUCUUGAGGCUCAGUAAUGAAUAAUACAUUUCUUUUGUUUUAUUCCCCUACGCCUCGGAGCCAAGUAUGAAUUUUAAUAUAUUGAAAAUGGUCUGUGUUUUCUUUUGUUGUUUUCCUUUUGUCAAACCCUGUUAAUUACGAUUUUAGUGAAAUCUAAUUUCUAUGACUACAUUGAGCUCCGCAAAGAGCCUUAUUAAUUUUGUUUGUUUGACAGACAUUGAUGAGUGUUCACCGAACCCGUGUGAACAUGGUGGCCAGUGUGUACAGACGUUAAAUGCGAGUUACGUGUGUGGUUGUGCUGUUGGUUAUACUGGUGUCAACUGUUCAGAUGGUAAGAAUUUGUUCUUUACUGUUUAUCAGCACAUGAUCUUAUUACCAACAGCAGUUUGUACAACAACAACAAUUGGCCGCUUCUGAGUUCCAAAAACUCUGACUUUCAAAACGAGGCUAAGUUCAAAAUCUUUCUUGUGAAAAUGAGUUUUAUUUGCAUGACAAUAAAAAAUCAUUUCCUCAUCAAUGGCGUAGCACUUAACAUCGCUUUGAGACAGAAGCUUGUGGAAACUCGGAAAUGUCCUUUUCUUGCAUUAAAAGAACUCAUAACGGAGGCAGAUCCAGAAAGUUAUGUGUCAUUUGCAAACUCAAGUAGUAAAAGAAACUAAGAUCUGUAGAGCGCGAUGGUCUUUAAAAGAUGGAGGACGCCCUGGUCUCGUUCCCCCUCAGAUCCACUGUGGAGUAAUUUCUUACCACCAGCCGCUAGUUUAACAACUAAUCGAACUGAAUCUUUGCCUUAGUUACAUUAAAACGUAUGGAACAGGACCCCGAUAUCACUUACUCCCGUUUUAACAAACGGUUUUCCAAUUUCCUUUGGACUCCCUUGACAAUUUUCAGGUUUCGUGGGAGACUGUAUAUUAUAUUAUUUUAUUUUAUUUUAUUUUUUUUUAUCGAAUUGUACUUGCCUAUGGGAUUGUUUUGGGGUACACAUUUUGACCCAGUUUCCCGUGCAGGGUCCCCAAAACGGUCCCAUUGAACACUGACCCACCUCAAAAUGACCAGUAUGGCGAUUCCACUGUAGACCGUGUAUUGUGGCUGAGAUGACAAAACGCAAAGUCGAGCACAGCAAACUUGUUUGGUUACUAGUAGUCACUGAAAAUAGCUUCGAGAAGAACGUUAGGAAAGGACAAGUGAAUUACUGUAAUAUUUUCCCGUUGCUUGGCAGAUAUUGAUGAUUGUCGGAAUAAUUCCUGCCAGUUUGGCUCCACUUGUGUUGACAAGCUCAACGGAUAUGAGUGCGUAUGCCCUCCUGGCUUAAAAGGAAUAUACUGCCAGUCAAGUGAGUCAUUACCUUCUUAUUUUUAAUCUCACUCGUAAGCAGUUAUGUGCGACCUCUUAUGGCAAUAAGAUGUAUGCAUUGUAUGUAGUCAGUUAGUUAGAGCCUUUGACAAUUCUUUGACCCCUUGACUGUUAAUAGAUGCAUGAGUGUGUAUUUACUUAGUUGCAGUUACUUUUUACCUUUAAUGGAAUGUGUGAAUGAGUAGCUAGCCUGUGAAUACAGCCGUUUCUCCUCGCUCCUUGCCGCUAGGCUAUAAGUGGGGCAUUGUCUUGACUAUCGGCUUGAUUAGCUACUUGUAUGAAGGUGUAUUUCAGCGUUUGGAAGUCUAAGGCUCAAGUAAGAGCUAUAUUUAACCUGGAACACAAACAAGUGAGGCUGCUUGAAGAAUCUAAGUGAAAUGCCUCCCUCCUUGCCUUACCUUGCCUCCCACACAGACGUUCCUUGGGCUUCGUCACGCGUGCGGGACUUGCCAGAAGAACGUGUGCCUGGGAGGCUAAUGCAUGCCUAUGUUUUUAAAAGAUUAUAUAAUUAUUUUCUUUUAGACUCUUCGUGGUGUAAAAAUCCCAAUCCUUGUUUAAAUGGUAACUGCACAGAUGUAGGUGAUAACUACACGUGCUCCUGUGAACAGGGUUUUACUGGAGAAAGGUGUGAAAUAGGUGAGAAAUGGUGCAGCUCUUCUUACAAUACGUUGAAAUAACUGCUUGACAGCCACGCUCAGUCUAGCCUUCGACUGUGUCUUUGGUUUUCAUGGUAGAGAAAUGUCAAAGCUUCACAAGUACUCAGCUCGAAUUUUUAUCACAUUUUAUUAUCGCACUCUUACCUUUUAAGCUAUUUUUAUUUUUUAGAGAAAAGAUAUUUAGCAACACAAAUUUGUUAGCGACAAGGCAUAUUCAAAGGGAAAAUUCUUCACUGCUGGCUGAUGUGCGUCGCUCAAAAGCGCCUUUGCUUAAGCUCCCUAAAAGUGUUACGAAGACUCGGCCGACGGAAAUGAGAACUAGGUAGAGAUUGAUUUUCCAAUAAUCGAUGAAUUGCACAUUUCAGUCUCGCAACAGAAGCCAGUUCUCAAAGUCGUCAAUGUCGGACGAUAUUUAAGUCAAAUGCCGCUCAGUUGAUGUCUUGUUUCAUACUUAAUAAUAAUCACCCUUACUAUGGAUUUACUACUUGGAAGUAGUGGGCGAAAGUGAGAACGGGCGCGCUCGAGGGAGACACGCGAGGGGUGUCUCCUUCUCGCGAGGCCGUUUUUUCUUGUGCCCAAUACUUCCAAGCGCCUGCUACGCAGGUUAGGAUUUAUUUGUCAUUAAUUACUUGGACUAGUUUAAAUAAAUCUAACUCAAUGUUCUUUUUUAUCCUCAACAGAUAUUGACGAGUGUCGUAAUUCCUUUUGCGGUGACAAUUCAGUUUGCAUCAAUUUACCUGGGGGAUAUGUGUGUAAAUGUGAUGGGGACUUUACUGGAGUGCACUGUAAUGAAAGUAAGUAUCAUUUCUUUAGGAUACAUUUUACAGCGAGUCGUGUCAGGUUUAAGAUUAGCAAUUUCGAUGUUAACUUAAAUUUUUCAUAAGUAGGUUGAAUAUGAUCGUCCGGGUGAACGUAGUCCUGAAUAGGACUGUUGUUGAUAGUGACUGACGUUUCGACAACCGGUGUGGUUGUCAUCUUCAGGGUCAAAGUGAGUUGUAUCACGUCUCUUGAUGGUGUUAAACCCUGGUUAUAGUAGCCUCCCCGUAGACGUCCUUUGGGCUUCGUUCGUCACGCAUUCAUUCCGUGGGGAAGAAAUGAAUGCGUGACGAACGAACCCCAAAGGACGUCUGCGGGGAGGCUAUGGUUAUUGUCAAUUAAGUCGAAAUGUUAUGGUCGUCUGUCAGUUAAGCCGUGAUGUUAUUAGCUAUUUUAUUGACUAUGACUUUUAUCAACAAACGUUAAGUCAGUUUUUGCUGUCUUUUUCUUUAAUGCAGGAAUCAAUGACUGUGAUGCAGAUUCCUGGUAUGUAAAUUUUAAAUAGUGUUUUAUCAACCCAAGAGUGAUCAACAUCAAUUUUCUCCUACUAAUAUCCAUACAUAAUCAAUGGAAAAGGUUUUGAGAAUUGAUUAAGUGAUCACUAAAGGGAAAACGCUUUGAUCUUUUAUCAAAUUCCCUCAACUUAGCUCUAAGGACAUUUAUGGAGAUAUCGGGGCUUAAAUGAGGGGGAAAGAGGGGGCGGGGGGAGUCUGUCGACAUAUCCCAGAAGACAAGACACUCUACCAAAAAAGAUCGAAUGAACCCGAAUGUCCGUUCUUCCAGUUUUUACCUAAGGAAAAGAACACGAGGUACAAUCUUAGAAAUACGUCUGUCUCUGCCCCUAGAAUCUACACUGACAGGUUUAAGAACGUUUUUAGUAACAGAAUAAUUUUUAGAUAUGAUAUGUAAAUAGUUUUUUGAGUUUAUAUUGUAACUUAGGAUAUGUAAUUUUAUCUUAAGAAAUAAAGAUUAUUAUUAUUAUUAUUAUUAUUAUUAUUAUUAUUGUUAACAGACCAAACGCGACUCGUAAUGUACAGUGGAACCCCAAUAACUCGAACUCGGAUAACUCGAAUUCCCCGCGAACUCGAACCCAAAUAACUGGUUCUUGUAACUCCACUCGGAUGCUAUCCCAUCAACUGUUCUUGUUGUAUAAUCCGUAAAACACUAAAACUAACACUACACUAGUCUGCUACACAGCCGUUUAAGGAGCGUUGCGUGACGACUCAAAAAACGGCUGUGUAGCAGACUAACACUACACUGACUACAACAAUAUGAUUUCAAAUGGUGCAACGAACAGAUCACGUUUUUACAUACACAAGCAUAAUUUUGUUACCUUUUGUAAUGAAAUAAGUUAAAUUUGGCUGUACUAUACACUGAAGUGCUGAAAAAUCAGUUAAUUAUCAAUAACCAACAUGGCAAAUCGAAUAUUCAAUCGAUCCCGAUAGCUCGAACCCCCGCUAACUCAAACUGGGGGUUCCACUGUAUAUGUAAAACAACCAAGGAGUUGCCAAGAGCGCGUUUGAAAGUGUCGGUGCGUUUCAGAUUGAUUUGAAAUUUGAAAGCGUUGGUUUCCGAGGUCAGGGAAAGCCGGUCUUCUCGGAAAAAAACCUUCUCAGAGCCAGGGCUAAGACCAACAAUAGAAAUGCUCCCUAUGACAUCCAUGCCGGGACCUCGAACCCGGGCCACAUCAGUGUAAGGCGAGCGCUCUCACCCCCGCACCACCCUUGCCUGCUACUUAUUCAUAGCUAUCAAUGUUAAGGAUUUUAUAUUAAGGAUUCUUCUGAACUUUGGCAAUCUAAGUCUUCUAUUUCUACGUCCAUUCUAGUCUAAAUGGAGGUACUUGCGUCGAUGGGGACAGAUCCUACAUCUGUAACUGCUUUCCUGGAUUUUUUGGUGACAGAUGUGAACAAGGGCAAGGUUAGUCGCUUUUUUCUGUCUCAGUGGAGGAUACUAAAACGGGGAAUGGGGAAAUGAAAAAUAAAAACAAAACCUAACUUGUGAAAUAAGCUGAUUAUUGGUUUGUUUGAUGCAGAUGUCAAUGAAUGUAAUACAGGCAAGUACAACUGUGGCGCAGGAAAGGUGUGUAUGAACACGCUCGGUAGCUACACUUGUGUCUGCCCUAAAGGAACCACAGGACCUGAGUGUACAAUAAGUAAGUAACAAGAACUAAAUGAACCCAGAGCGAGGCCUAGGGCAAAUGGGGAGUUUAACCUGUAUUCUAUAAUCUGUAGCGAGCACCUACUACUCAUACUACUCCUGUCAGGGCGUUUUCACCGACCGCUUUAUUUUUCGAACGAUCUUGGCGUAAAUUUAGAGUAUCUUCCAAGAUCCACAAACAGUCAACAAAACCUAUAGACCUAGAAAAGAAAUGUAAUUUUUCAACUUCUAAAGACGUUUAGUUUGCCUCUUUGAUAUCUUGUACUUCGAAUGCUCUCAGUGACGGAGCGGAGAUUUCAUUUUCGUGGGAAAAAGUACUCUAAAAUGUGUCUAAAAAUAAACUGGUACUUGAAAACGACACUGAUUUUCGUUUUCCACGGCCGACGAAAACAUAGGUGGUCUAGGACGAGUACAACAGAGCGGUGAAUUCAACCUUUUGCCUUACCCAAGUGUUUUUAUUUAUUUUGUUUAAAGGAGGGAAAAUCCUUUUUAGGUUUUUUUCGCUUUCAUUUGAAGGCGCAUUUAUCUGCAGUGAUACAAGUUUAUUCUUAUCACCGGCCAAAAAACUACACUUGUUCGCGCAGAAUGCACAAAGCCAAUAUUUGAUUUUUACGUUCUUUACUUACAGUUUUAUGUGAUUGGAAACUUCGUUUUUCAAUUGAUGCUCAAUUUGUUAUAUGUUUGUUUUUUAGACAUAGAUGACUGCAUUUCAUCCCCCUGCCAGCAUGGAGCUAAUUGUAUUGACAAAAUUAAUGAUUAUUUCUGCGACUGUUGCCCUGGCUGGUCUGGCAAGAACUGUGAUAAGUGUAAGUUUUCUGCCACCGCUCAUCUGAAUAGUGCGGUUCUAUAAUAAGAGUGAAAAGUCAUAGACCUUUCCAACAAUACUUUUAUUCUCUUUAAUGUGCAGUCUUAGCCAACUGGAUACAACAGGCCAUUUCCGAGUUCCAAAAACUCUCACUUUCAAAGCUAGGCCAAUUGAAGCCUGCAUCGCAGACAUUAUCUAACCCCAGUUAGUAACAUCUUCGAAGCAACGCUUAUAUCCUUGUUCUGGUCCCCUAUAAGACUGCAAAACAGUCGGUUUUUUUCUCAAAAUCAGCAAAGAAAUCGGCAACGCGUGGCGUAAGAGUCUUACGCACGCGAUCGGGCGUGAGCGUCUCUCCCCAGUCUCGAUCUCUGUUUUCAGCGUCGUUCCAGACCAUUUGUUUGACUGCUCGCGCGUUCUUGAAUACGAAAAAAUACGGACUGUUUUGCAGUCUACUGGGUCCCCAUCGGGCUUAAAGAGUUGUAGGAAAUACGUUUCGAGUGUCUUUUCAACUUGAUUAGUAAAUCGACAAUGGCAAUUUUAACAGGCUAACUGUAGUGCGUACUCAAAUCCUGGUACACAGCUGAGGACCCAGAACAGGGAUUUCGGUGCUCUCUCGCGCGAGCUACGCCAAAAGCAAAACCUUUCUUCAUCGUGUGAAAAUGAGCUUUAUUUGCAUGAAAAUGAAAAAGUAAGUUUCAUAUCAUUAAAAAUCAAAGGCUUUGCACUUAGCCUUGUUUGAAACAGAGGCUUGGGCCAAUAUUCUAAUGUCCCCUGUUGAAGGGGCAAAAGGGAAUCCAGAGUUUUCUUGGCAGGUUCUGCUUGAACUCAGCUGGUUCAGAAAUCUUAAAGCUUAGUUUUCAUUUUGAACUGAACUAAAAUAGGCUUCUGACCUCAACAAACACAUUGCCCCAUGUAACGGAAUCUAAGACAGUCUUGGAUUCUGGAUUCCACGCUUUCGAUUCCGGAUUCCAGGUACUGGAUUCUGUUUCUUUGUCCGUGGAACUUGGAUUCUGGAUUCUAAUCGUUAGUGGGAUUCCGGAUUCCUUGAGCUGCAGUCCGGAUUCUAAAGCCCAAGACUCCGGAAUACGGAUUCCCUUACGUGAGGCGAAACACAUGAGCCAAUCCAGUUUUUCAUGCACCACUUUCUGAGGCAAUCAGCGGCAAUAUCAAACCACAAGUGCCCCGCUGAUUGCCGCACUUUUGCCGCGCAUGGUGGCCGCGACAGGGACAUGCUUCCCAGUCUGUCAUCGAUUCUUGUCAUUGAAUUGGUCAGUGUUGUGUUUGGCCAGACCUGCCUCCAAGACACGUAUUUGACCCUGUUGGGCCAUUAAAGAAGCUUCUUUGUACCAAACUGUUUCCAUGAAAUACGGUCAAUGUAACAGCCUUAGUCUUUUACAUUCCUGACCUUGCAAAUGGUGCUUUCCUUUCAGUCGACCGAGACAAUGAUGUGUGUAAAUGUGAUCAGGGGACUUGCGACUGUAACAAGGACACACAAAGAAGCUUUUGCUCGUGUUUCAAGGGAUUUGAAGGUAUCACCAGUAAACUACGUAGGAGUAAUCAAAUGGUGACGAGUCAAAUUAGGGAAUAAUUUCACGCGCGUUUCACAAGUAAACCAUUUGAUAAACAAUUGUUAAUAUCAUGGAUGACAAAUUAGCCUCACAAUCGAAGGUUUUUGACUUGUUUACAAAAUUAAUUAUCUAUCGAGAACUCCACGCACUGAAAACUUUAGAGUUAAACAUUUUGGCUUAAGUUCAUAAUGUUCAGAAUUUUUCGACCAAACACCUGAUAGGAUCCUUCUUGAUGUACCCUAAACCGUCUAUUAAUGCUCUGACAUCUUUAUUCAUAACAUUUUAAAACUUUGCCGUCAUCUCGGUACUGACACGUACGGAACGUUGUCAUGGCAAUUUUCUAAUCUCAGAUGUGAAAUAAGAAAUCAACUCUGAAAUUUUACGCUAAAAUUAAGGAGUAAUUUGUCACCCACGAUAUUAGUGGAAUUAAGCACAUACAGCCUGGAGGUGAAUUUCUUGAUUCCCCGUUAGAGAGACAAGGUCUACGCCUUAACGUGACUGCCUAAUGAGGCGAUAAUGUGAAUGGAACAGCAGGUAUUAAAAUUGUAGCCUGUCUUAACAGAUUCAUAAAACCUGAUGUUAGCUCAGUUGGAUGGGCGCCUAUUUGCUGAGCGGAUCCACCAACCAGGGUCUUUAAAAAAUCUAGUAAGAUCAUGCUUGGUGUGAUUUUAGGUCUUGUCUCAGUUCACACAAUCGUGUCAUUUGACAAUGGUCUCACUGAAGCAGUUAGCCUUGUCUCCCUGACCCAUUCUUAAGAAUUGGAAGGGAAUUUGGGGGAUUCUACAUCGCUAAAACGAAGGCAGACAACGCGGUGUGCGAACUUCCACUUAAGGAGUCCGCACUCGUCGCUCGUAAUCGUGCUCCCCUUUUUUGUUUUAUUCCUCAGUUUUUAGAGAGUUUUCAGUGAUACACUGCCUUACUUUUUCCUUCUGUCAUUAAACGUGUGUUCUAACUGCUUAUUAUUGAUAUUUUUGUUUCUUAAAGGCGACAAAUGUGAGAUAAAUUCCACAGCAGCUGAAAUACAAAGAAAUCAAGGUAAAUGAUGCAGACUUUUAUAAGUGUUUGGUUUAUUACUAUUAUUUUUUUGUUAUUAGCAAAUUUUGCAGCACCUCAUGAUAAAAGUUUUCUCUCUCCUAACAUGUUAAACCAGUUUACCAAGCUAUAUUUAGGAAAGAAAGAAACCUGCGUUUAAUAAAAUAACCAAUUAAAAUGAAACUACGUUAAAUUAAUUCAACAGGAUUUCUAAAGAGUAUUUAAUCAAUUAUCUUUUAUCAUUUUGCUAGCCAGCUGCAAAUUUUUCAUCUUGGGCACCCCUGGUAGAGGAGGAUUUUUCUCGCGUGGGGCGGGAAGGUUUGGCCCGAAGCGUCCCGCCACGGGCGCCAUUCCUCCACAGGCUGACUCACCACCCACCCCCCCUCGUGAUAUUUUAGGUUAAUUAAGCUUAAGGGACAUACAGAUAUCAUGCUCCACGCGACCCCUCUAGAGUCACCCGCCUUUGCCGCUGGCGUUUCUAAAUCUGUGCCUGCCAUAGUGAAUAAAUAAACAUUUCGUGUAGAAAUUUUGGCUUUUUGUUAUCUUUACUCAUUAGCUGAAGCACUGGAAAGAGAAAGAGAGCAGAAAAGGAAGAAGGAAGGUAAGCUAGACUCUUUUGCUUGUCUUGAUUGGUUUCUUGGUCUUGGUUUCUUCCAUAAUGGUGUCAGAAUGGUGUAGACACUUCAUCAAGCUCAAAAUGGCACUUUUGAUGUUCUUUUCACACAGUGCGUAAAGGCCGAUACACACGAGGGGUUUUGCUCCCGGAGCAUGCUCCAGGCUCAUUUUGCACGUGUCAGUACCCACGAGGGAGCGCGUUUUCAAGUUCGCUCAAUUUGCCCUGGGAGCUUGCUCCCAAAUAUUUAACCCCCAAAUAUUUAACCAGUUAAAUAUCGUGGAGCAUUUUGCGGGUGGAAAUUCUUCUCCCAAGGAUGAAGUAUACCCAUGAAAUCGUUGGUACACACGGAGGAGCUUUGCUCUCUGGAGCAUGCUCCGGGUGCAAAAUCCCUCGUGUGUAUCGGCCUUAAAGAAAUGUGAUAAUGUUGAUCUGCAACAAACACGCCAGCCUAGUUUGGGAUUGGGAGUUAGGGAGAGGGACUCAGAUUGUCUAUUUAUUUGUCCGUAGUUAAUUUUCUAUUGAACGUUUCUUGUUUUCUCAUCGAACUCGACCCUCUCACCUGCUCUUUAUUUUAUGAGCCGCUUCAUCUAAAAAAUGUUUAUAAUAAUCUGACUAAUGGUAGCCUAGAAGUAAAAAUAUUACAUAACGGUGCUCAUCUCCUGGUCGGUUCUGGCCGGUUUAAUUGGCAAGACAAGGAUUCUUACUUAGUGUCUGUUACCUUCAAGAGCAAAACUCGACGAAUGCCGAAUUUAAACCGGCCAGGAACAGCAAGGAGACAUUGAGCUAAUGUGAGCAUAUCAAUCACUUUGCAUGAACUCUUAUAGUUGAACCUCCAUUAAGCCGCUCGUAAUCAAAGUCCCGAAAUAACUGUGAAAAAGCCGGGGGGGGGGGUACUUUAGGAAUUUUUGGGUGGGGAUGUGCCGCUGGGACCCUGGAACCCUUAACCUAUACCAGAGCUAGUUCAGCUGAAUUUUGCUACCCUUUACUAGAGUAAACUCCCCAAAACCCCCCUAUCCUAGAGUAGCUGUUUUCCAGAAACUGCUGCACAGUUUAGCCAAAAUAAGUUGAGUUGUGUAAAUUUCAACUUGCCGAUUUGAUUUUUUUAUAUGUUUGAGUGGCAAUUCCCGGUUUCCCUCUAGUCUAGAUAAAAUCUUUAACCAACUGAUCAGUUUCCUGUAAAAUGAUACCCUAUUCUAGACCCAACGGCUCUGAUUUAGAUACCCUAUCCCAGAGUAAACUGCUCGAAAAACAUACCCUUCACAGCGGCACAUACCUAUAUAGCCCAUAUAUGGCAGUACCCCCCUCCGGGUGAAAAAGAAUGGGAACUUAAACCUUUAUUAAGCGGCCACCUUUUCUCCGUCCCGACGAUAGUUCUCUCAUUGUUUUCACCUCUAUUAAGGGGCCAUCAAGCGCUUGGUUUUAUUUAAAGAAUAUGAUGAAGGAAAAUACAGUAGAAGGUGACGACCCAUUGUGGACCAGUAAUGUUGCCUCGUCGCGUGUAUUCAAAAUAAAGUGAUUUUGCUGCUAAUGUUAAUGCUCAUUUAUGACUAAGCUCUAUCGAGCGGCCAACCUCCAUUAAGAGACCACUUGCCAGUACCCCGCGUGUGGCCGUUUAAUGGAGGGUCAACUGUUUUUCUCGUUGUAUUUCGUAUUUUUACCACUUUCGUACUAACACAAUCUUCAUAUUCAUCCUCCUUGACUCAGCCGCUGAAAAGAACAGAAACAUUGGUUUAGCAGUGGCUUUUUCUUUCCUGGGUGUUGUUGGAGGAGCUGCGGCCAUGUGGUGUUACAUGAAAAGAAAGUCGCACAAACCUAAACCACAAAGUAUGUCCCUUCAAAUUAAUUAUCCUCUUCUAAUUUUACAUAUCGCGAAGUUUAGGUCACCAUAGAUAUAAACGUGCCAAGUCUCUGUGGGGCGUCUUCCCAGGCCUUCUCGGUCAAUGUAUUUCGAUGACGUAUCCGCGAGGAACGGCUGGAAGACGCCCUAAAAAAUUCGCUCGGAACACGUGACCCGAAGCGCAUUGGCCGCGUGGAAUGAUAAGGCCCAGGGACUAGGCAAGAUACAAACCAAAAAAUAAGUAUUUUUCUGCCGCAUAUGCUGAAGCCCGGCGCGGAAUCUUUUGAAUGAGCUCCUCGAAGGGGCUUAUUUUUAGUAGCCAUGCUGGAGAGGGGAAGUUGGGGGACGCCUUAAUAUAACUUACAUGGUAUCAUCGUAGAGCAUCCGAUCUAUCAUUUUAUAUCAAUCGUCAGUUACUUAACAACGAACCUUUGAGUGUGUGCAGUCUGCAGAUAAUCAUCAAAUACACUUUCAAAGAAUUUUCUUUACAGUUAGUGAUUGCUUUGCGUUCCUGUUCAAAUUGUGAUUAUUAGAGGAGGGCUUUGUAGGGAAGGGAAGCUUAAUACCUACUAUGAGCUCUGACAUGAGCCGAUUAACCCUUUAAGCCCUAAGAGUGAUCAGCAUCAAGUUUCUCCUCGUGAUAUCAAUGCUUUGUAAAACAGAGUGGUCAUGAGAAUUACGGACAUGAUAAUACAAGGUGAAUUUGCUUGAUGUUUUAUCAACUUCUCCCCACUACUUCCGUAGGAAAUGAAUAGGGACAACAAAUGAGAAUUCAAGUUUUUGAUCUUAGGAUUUAAAGGAUUAAUAAGUUGUCGACUCCUGACUUUGACGUUGAGUUAAAUGAGAGGGUGAUUUGGGCUUAAAGAAGAGGGGUUCUAGCAGAACGGCAGUUUUCGAAGACUAGAGGGGUUCAUGAUCCUUAGGUUACGGUAAUUUAUACCUCAAUCGACGAAGUACUUUCCUGUUAACUAUUGAGACAUUGUACUAGCAAUUAUGUGUCAAUUUCUUUCCAAGGAUUUGGAUUUGAUGGCGUUGAGCACGUGAACUAUGACGGGGGAGAAAUGAUGUACACCAAUCCAGCUUACAGCAAUGUUGGAGAUGAGGGCAUCGUCACGUUUGAGAGCAAACCGAAACUAUAACACAGCUGGAAGUGUAAAGCGGAUGGGAAGGGUGGGUGAAAUGAUGCAAAUCAUUCAGUCAUUCGCCACUUGCACGUCACCUAUGAUGCACCUUAUUUGGCCGGCGGGGUGGGGGGCUGCAUUAUCGAAGAUGUGUAAGUGGUGAAUACAGCUGUUUGGGAAUAACGGUGUAGUCAAAUGUCGACCAGGGAGGGGUGGGUGGAAUUUCUAUCACCGAUCAAAUAACCAGCAACAUAAACUUACGGGAGGGGUGGGUGCUGGGCCGGCGACGGCACGCGAAACAUGAACCUGACACAUCCUGUAAAUUGAAUUUAGUUUAGGUGCAGUCAGGAAAAAAAUAAUAAAUUUUGACGAUAUGACGCUCAGAGCUGAUAACCAAGCAAAUAAAAUGAGAGGACAAGGUCACUAUUCAAUCUUAUUUUGGGCCUUUGCAUGACACCUUCGAUAGAAAUUGUUUCUUCUUUUAUUUUAUUUCACAUUGCUAUACAAUCAACAGUAAUUACUUCCAGUCUAUUUACAAUACUAACGAACAGAUUAGAACCAAAGUUUUGCGAGGUUAAAACAGCGUCUGUAAACGGCUUGGACAUCAACGUAUUUUCAUUUUGAAAGUACCGACAGAGGUUUGACUUGCAGCGCAUUUGUACUGCUGUUAAGCGUUUUUACCUUGUAGAUAAAGCUUUCGCUUGAUUAUAUACUGGUAAUUAUUUGUUUUAAAAUGAUUUUUUUAUGGGUUGAUUAUUUUUACAGCAACAUAUGUUUUCUUCUUUAAAUAGACAUGCGUUUUAUAGAUUUUCCUGAGACUUUCAUAUUCAUGUUUAUAAUAUAUUAUGGAAACUAAAAUUGCAAGUGAAUAUCACUUCUAUGUAAUUUCACAUAACAUGCAAAAUAGUCUCUUGAGACUUUCAAGAAAUCUUUGUGCGAUCUUGGGGUAGUAUUUAAGUCAAUGUUUUUAUCUCUGUGUAUCUGUAAUUUAAUAUGUCAUAAUUUUUAUCAUAUUCUGAUACUUUAUUGCAUGCACACCUUUCUUGGAAACCAAUUCUCUCCAGCCUCGUUCGCUCGUAACAGAGAAGAGCUGGGAACGAUGUUGGUCUCUUUGGUGCUUUGCUGCACAAUAGCGUACAAAUGAAAAUAAAAUUUCUGAACGAAUAAUUGUUGUGCUUUU